CCGAACCAAACACACGCAUCCAUCCUCAGUUGGCGCUUCAGUAUUCAGCGCAGCGGGAACCCCGAGCACUUCCGGUCAGAUAAAACAAUAACCUGUUGUACAUCUGGGAUAUUUAUUUUAAAAACGCUGUUCGACUUGUCUCACAUUUCCGACCCGACCUAAGCUGCGCGCGUGCCUGCGUGUGUGUGCGCGCGUGUGUGUGUUUAUGUACCUGUGCGCGUGUGCGUGACUGAGUGAGUGAGCAUGUCCGGGACCGGAGAACCGCACGGAGAGGAGCGCGAGCGGCCCGGGCCGCGUUUCGGUCGGAUGCACGAGGGAGAGGAAGAGGGGGAGGGUGUGCACGGUAAAAAGAAGGAGGCUGAAAUAGAAGAGGAGGAGGAAGAGGAAGAAGAGAAGAUGAAGGCGCUGAAACAGACCUGUCCGGGUGAUGCGGCGCGCGGAGGAACUUGCGUUGCCAUGGAAACUGCAUCCUCAGACUCAGUGUCUAAUCUGUUCCUGAACUCGUCCUCAGAUCGUAGUGACCUCUACACCUCCCUCCUCUCCUCUAACUGCUCGUCCUCAAACCCGUUCAGUGGCAGCGUUCCGCUCUUCUCCUCUGAGGAUGAUCGUUCUCCUCUCGCUCCUCUGGGAAGUGACUCUGGAAUUGGGAUGACCCCCGCUGACCCCGGCGACCUCCACCCCCAAAAAAGCGAUCCCUACAACUACAUGGAUAUGAGUGACGACCUGCAUGACCUCGGUAAUCGUAGUAACACUGGGUCAAUACAGCAGCCAAUAAGGAGCCUCACAGAUCCUGAUGAUGCUGCUGCUGCUGAUGGCUCUAUGGAUGUUAAGGAGAUGAUGGAGAAGGAGGCAUUUGAUUUAGGAAGCUACCUGGAGAAGAGUCCUGAAAACCUGGCAGUAAAGGGAGACUUGGGAAACACCUUCCCAUAUGUAGAGGACCAAUCAGAUGAGGAGUUACUGGAGAACAGACCACGCACCGCCAGUCCAGUGAAGAUCACCGUAACAACAGAUUCCUGUAUCCUAGCAACCGAGCAAACAAGAGGGGGAGUGUCUGAGAGGGAAAGCGUGCUGAGCUUGGGAAAGGAAGGCGUUCCCACGGUAACACUGUCUGAACCAGAGGAUGACAGUGCUGCUUCCUCUGUCAAUCAUUCCCCUAACCACUCCCCCACAGGUCGAGAGUCGCCCUCAGAUUUCUUGUUCCAGCCUGUAGGAAUGAAGUGUGUGAACAACAGCAGCCUCUACCAGGACACCAAGGGCCCUACAAAAUCCUCAUCACGAUUCGGGAUGCGGGACAGUGGAGAAUCCGGAGACUCCGAAGCCGAGCCCGAUUCCCCAAGACGUGAAAAGCAGUUCAUUGCCAGAGACAGAGCUGGCAACCUGUUUGAGACGACAGGUGGAGGUGUGCAGGUGAAACAAAGCAACAAGGGAAGAUCUAACCAUCUGUUCGAGGGGUCCGUGAACACAAAGGGGGACCAUGUGCAACAUGGCAACCCUCCGCUUUACAGCCUGCUGCGUGAAGAGAGGGAGGCAGAGCUAGACAGCGACCUGCUCAUCGAGUCUGCUUCUGAGGAGAGCCCCAAGAGGGAGCAGGUGGUGAAGUGCACCCUAAAACCGCACUCGCCUCCGAGCUCACCUCCGCCUGUGAGCAGCGCCGUGUCUCCGCCUCUGAAACAGGAAGUAAAGGAAGAAAAGGAAGAAAAGGAGGAAAAGCCCAGUGCUGCACCAAGAGAGGAAUCCAACACUCAGUCACAACAACAGGAAGAUAAAAUGUCCCCUAAACCCAUGCCUGCAGCCAUGCCGUCUUUUGAACAGCGCACUCUAGAGGAUGGAGGAAAUAAAAACACGAUCAUUAGCACUGAAAAAAAAAGGGACGCUGAAGAGGCGGAGCUGCUGCUCUUCCUGCACACCUUCGACAAACAGAAAGUGGUGGAGCUGCUGCACUGGCGGGAUGUGAGGAAGACGGCCGUGUUGUUCAGCAGUGUGUUGCUGCUGCUCUUCUCUCUGACUCAGUUCAGCGUGGUGAGUGUGAUGGCGUACCUCGCCCUUGCCGCUCUCUCCACCACCAUCAGCUUCAGAGUGUACAAGUCCGUGCUGCAGGCCGUGCAGAAGACUGACGAUGGACACCCAUUCAAGGCGUAUCUGGAGCAGGAGAUCUCUCUCUCUCCUGAGCAGAUCAGUAAAUAUGUGGAGAAAGUGCAGCUCUAUCUGAAUUACACACUGAAGGAGCUGCGAAGGCUUUUCCUCGUGCAGGACCUGAUCGACUCUUUAAAGUUCGCAGUGUUGAUGUGGCUGCUGACAUACGUUGGCGCUCUGUUUAACGGCCUCACUCUGCUAAUUCUGGUUGUGGUGUGUGUGUUCACAGUGCCACUGGUGUACGAGAAAUAUCAGAAACAGAUAGAUCAGUACCUGGGACUAGUGAGAACUCAGGUGAACUCUGUAAUGACAAAACUGAGGGAGAAGGUUCCUGGAGCCAAGAGGAAGGAUGAGUAAAAUCCCACCAUCCAAAACCACUGAUCACACCAAGCCAGUACCGACUGCAGUGAGGCUGCGUCCCAAUCCUGUUUUUAAUACACCCUUGUUGACUUCCACUUCCCUAUUUAUGAUCUUGUAAGGUAUAUAGUGAUCAAGUGGGCAUCACUGCAGCCUUUACCAGAACACAUUUCCCAGAAUGCACCGCCAUAUGAACGUCAGGCGCUGAGGCUUGGCUUUGUAUCUGAAAGAGCGAGCUAGCAUGAAGCGGAGUAAAUCACUUGCGCUACAGCGAUCCUUGCUGAGAGUGCACACUAAGGUACACACGUCUAAGGGGAAGUCAACGAGGGUGUAUUAACGAGGAGCCCAAUAACAAAUUAUUACAAACUAUUAUUACCUGACACUGGAUCAGGAUUAUUAUUAUUAUACUACAUGGUGUAUUUGAUAAAUAAUAAUAAAACCACAUGAUCAGCUGGAGCCGUUCGGAUUGGACAGUGUGCUGGUCAACCAAGAACCUCAGCAUCAGAGAUCAUUGAUGGUUGUGAUGAUUAGCGACAUACAACUAAAAAAAAAAGCUGAGGUUAUCAAGUAACAGAGCUGAUGGAGCCCAUAAUAACAAAUAUUAAUGAAUUAAUUAAUUUAAUUAAAAUCCUGAAUUUAAAUGUCGUCCAAAAAUCAGUUUCUAUGUUCAAGCUACCCGCGCAUGACAGUAUUCUGCUAACAGAGUGUUAAUUAGAUAGCUAAGUUACGUUCCUGGAAAAUGAGGACACGAUGUGACGCAAGUGAUCACUACUGUAGGGUUGAAUCUCUCAGCUGGGAAACACGCCUGAUGGUUAAUAAUGUCACCAGUGGAAAAAAUUUGAAACAGCUUUUUCGCUCUCAUUUUGCUUCAGAUUAAAAUGCAUGAACGUCAGUCUUUAGUAAAUAAUAAGAUAUCGCUCUUUCUUUCUAUUCCUUCAUACUGCAUUGCUUUAAUCUGACUGUAAGAACAUCUCACACUCUCUCAACCUAUGCCUACAUCACUGCUUACACACACACACACACACACGCAUUAAUAUGAAUAUAUUGUGAAUGUUUUUUCUCCUGUGGGUGUGUGUGUGUUAAACACAUGAAUUUCAAAGUGUGUUAAGUGUAAUUUAGCUUUUGUAAAGUCAGGAGUGUGUUCAGUUCAGUUCAGGUCAGUGUUGUUGGAUUCCAGCUCAGCGUCCACUCUGUAACUGUUUGCACUCGUGUAUUUAAUUGAACAAGAAUGAAUAAAUGUUCUCUAAUGUAAAA